UUCUGUGGCAGAUUCCUCAUCUUCCUUUUAGUGGCAGCGCUUGCCUCUGUUACCUCCUCCAAAGCUACCAUUCGACAGGGCGCUGAAUUUAAACUCGAAGAUACAUCGGAAGGAUCAACCGAAGGUUUCGGAAUUGAAAUUGAAACACUUAGCGAACUCGAGGAAUUUGGUGAUGGCCUUAUGAAACCAGAUUUGUGCUUUUUCAUUCAUCAAGAAAAUGGUAGUUACACGUGGACGUGUGAAGACAGAGGUUAUCCCGACAACAGCCUUAAAGACGUUGACUUACUCGGGACAAUAGGAAACCCACUUCCGAUUGGCGUAUCGCUCACGAAAGGACCUUACACGAAACCAGCAUUUCACUUUCGGUCUGGAGCGAAUGUUGGACGUUUCGCUCGCUACAUUUUUCCAAAGGGAUUUUUUAAAGAAUUUUCAAUCAGUGUUGUAAUUCGCCCAAAAUCUGCUGAACGUGGGGUGGUAUUUGCUCUUUUGCCGCAUAUCCGCAGAGGAAAUGUCAUUUUGGGACUUGAGAUUCACAGAGACUCCUUUUCUGAAGGGACUACAAUAAGUUUGAUUCACGCAAACAACGGAAAUACGAGAACUGUUUUUGAUUUUACCGUCCCUAGCCUGACCGGCAAAUGGACUUGGCUCUCUUUUAGUAUUAGAAAUAAUGGCGUCACGUUUUACAAAGACUGUAGAGAAGUUGACACUAAGUUUUUACCUACGGCUCUGGGUAACUUCACCCUUCCACGCAACAGUGCUUUGUACAUUGGUAGAGCUGGAUGGACUCCGGGGGCAUCGUCAAGUGCUUUUCAGGGAGAUAUAGCAGAACUGUCCAUGCACCGUGACCCCAACAAGGCCCAGCAUCAGGAGUGCAAGAUAUUAACAACAACAAGACCUCCAAUGAUCUCUACAACCUUAGCAAAGCCUUUACAAGCACAUCCACCAUCCUUGAGGUCCAAUGCAAGUAUACCAAAAGUAUCAACAAACAGUUCAAGUAUUGUCGACUAUCUCUCAACCACGAAACGUCCGACUGUACGGAAAGCUACUGAAGGCAGUGAUCAGACGAUCAGUGGCGGAGAGGAAGUGACGCGAGCGGCCUUAACCUCAGUGAACAGUUUCUCCACCACAUUACGACCAACUUUAAGAGACAUUACUGAGGGUAAUGAUCUUAUAACCAGUAGGGGAGAAGAAGGAACAGAGGAGGUGAGCACCGUCGAUCUUGUCUAUUUUACGGAACGAACAACGUUAAGGAAAGCCUCUGAAGGAAGGGAUCAAACACCUAAAAUUUUAACUGAGGACGCUGACUCUAUAUCAAGUGGCAGAACAGAGCUUCUGACGCAAAGCACAUCAAAGACAACUGAUGAAGUAACAACAGAAACUUCACCAAAGGAGGAUACUACCACAAGCACAAAACCAGUGCCUGUUUCUGUAUCUUCUUCCGCCCCUGGUAUUACCACUUUAGAAGACAAUGGUGCUGCUUCGAAAACGGAAUCGACAACAGGAACACAGCCACUCGUAACAGAGACGAGCGUUCCAGCCACAUCCUUGCCAAAAGGUACCACUGAUGCAGCUACGGAAGCGAGCACCGACAGUGUUGAGGACAAGUCAACCCCUGGCCAAGAGGAAUCCUCGCAAAUCCCAAAAACAGAUAGAGAAUCGCUUUCAACAACAGCAACAACAACAUCCAUGAGUUCAGAUUCUAGCUCAACCUUAGUUACUAGUCCAACAUCGCAAACAGCAUUAAGGCUAAGUUCUAGAUCACCAGAGACCGCUUCGACCAUUUCUACUCCUUCAAAGACCAAAACUGAACCUCCUUUUACCCAAAAAAUUGACCCUGACGAAGAAAUUGUGGUUGCUAGGAUUGAAGGGGAAACAGACAACUCUACCAAAGGUUCUAUUUCAAAUAAUUUAGAGUCCACUUCUUCUAGCGUAGCUAAGACAUCCACCGUCAGCACUGAGGCAUCAACAGUUGAAACUCACACUGUGUCUACACUUUCUAAAACAUCUGAGGUACUGUGUAAACACGUGCUGGCUGCGGGAUCAAACGCAACUUGCUUACGUGGACCCCGCGGGCCGCCGGGAUCGUUGGGACCUAAAGGAGACAAAGGAGACUCAGUUGUAGGCCCACAGGGACCGAGAGGAAGAGUGGGAUACUCAGGGCGAGAUGGAGGUAAGCGACUUACCAAAGGUUUAGUUGAAUAGUUGCAAUGCUGCAGGCUUGCACAGACAUUUUUCUGGCCAUCUAAUACUGGAAAACUUGAACUGAGGCCACUUCUCUCGGCUUUCUUGUGAU